AUGAUGAUAUUAUUUCAAUUGCUUUGCCUCGCCAGCAUCGUUCUCUCUCACCCUACCGUCCUCGAAAACCCCGUCGAUGUUCCAUAUGGUUCAUUCGUAAGCCCUGUUCCUUCUUCAACCAGCCUCUCUCCAACUGCGACACCAACGCCGUCGUCCACCGAUGCCCGCAUCGGCCGUGCCAUUAUAGACAACCAUUGCAAAAUCCCCAUUUAUAUCUGGUCUGUCGGCACAGUCACCCGUGAUCCAGCAACUGUUCUCCCCGGCAACCGCUAUGGUGAAACCUUCCGUGAAGACCACGAAACUGGGGGUAUCGCAAUUAAGAUCAGUACCGAUGAGAAUGGCCUCUAUAAUAGUGCACCAUUGACAGUGUUUGCAUACAAUAUUAAUGGUCAAAAUGUGUGGUACGAUCUGUCGGAUGUCUUUGGAGAUCCCUUUAAGGGUUACCCUGUUGCUCUGUCGCCGGCCGAGCCACCAAUCCAGUGGGCGGGUGGGAUCCCACCGGCUGGAAGUCAAGUUCGUGUGCAAGACUUGUCGGAGGAUCUGGUGCUGACCUUGUGUUGA